AUGGCCACUUCCUUCAUGCGCAGCUCUUCUUCUACCUACGGGGGUGGCUUUGGGGCUGGUGGAAGCAGCAGCUCUCGCCUUUCCUCCGUGCGAACAGGAGGAACCUACCGAGCCCCAAGCAUCCACGGGGGCUCGGGGGGCAGGGGUGUCUCCAUCUCUUCAGCUCGGUAUGUCUCCUCUGCAGGGGGUGGAUACGGUGGGGGCUUGUACUCGGGCUUUGGUAGUGGUUACGGAGGAGGCUACGGUGGCUUUGGGGGUGGUGCAGCCUGUGGCUUUGGUGGAGGGGCUGGAUUUGGUGGAGGGGCUGGGUUUGGUGGAGGUUUUGAAGUUGGCGGUGGCUUUGGUGGUGGUGAUGGCCUUCUCUCUGGAAAUGAAAAGAUAACUAUGCAGAAUCUGAACGACCGUCUGGCUUCGUACCUGGAGAAGGUACGAGCACUGGAAGAGGCAAAUUCGGAUUUAGAAGUUAAAAUCCGAGACUGGUAUCAGAAGCAAGCUCCCACCAGCCCAGCCCGGGACUACAGCAAUUAUUACAAGAUAAUUGAAGAUCUUCGAGACAAGAUCCUCGCAGCUACUAUUGACAACUCCAGAGUCAUUCUGGAGAUCGAUAACGCCAGGCUGGCUGCAGAUGACUUCAGACUGAAAUAUGAAAACGAGCUGUUCCUGCGCCAGAGCGUGGAGUCUGACAUCAACGGGCUGCGCAGGGUCCUGGACGAGCUGACCCUGGCCAGGGCUGACCUGGAGAUGCAGAUCGAGACCCUGAAGGAGGAGCUGGCUUAUCUCAAGAAGAACCACGAGGAGGAAAUGAAAGAGUAUUCCAACCAGCUGAGUGGAACAGUCAACGUGGAAAUGGACGCUGCUCCUGGCAUCGACCUGACCAGAAUUCUCGCUGAGAUGAGGGAACAGUACGAAGCUCUGGCUGAGAAGAACCGUAAAGACGCUGAGGCCUGGUUCUUCACUCAGACUGACGAGCUGAACCGUGAAGUGGCCACCCACACGCAGCAGAUACAGACCGGGAAGUCGGAGAUCGUAGAACUGAGACGCACGGUGCAGGGCCUGGAGAUCGAGCUCCAGUCGCAGCUCAGCAUGAAAGCCGGGCUGGAAGCCAGCCUGCGAGACACAGAAGGGCGAUACUGCGCCCAGCUGGCUCAGAUCCAGGCGCUCGUCACCAGCGUGGAGGAGCAGCUGGCUGAGCUGCGAUGUGACAUGGAGCGGCAGAACCAGGAGUACAGAAUGCUCAUGGACAUCAAGAGCCGUCUGGAGCAGGAAAUCGCCACGUACCGCCGGCUGCUGGAGGGCCAGGACUCUCAGAUGUCAGGAGUGAUCCCUAAGGACGCAACCCUGAGCAGUGGAAAACUUCGCGUGGAAGACGAUGCAAAACCCGCUUCUACUGCACGUGAAAGGAGAUUCCAAUAA